GGCUGCUGCACGGUGUCGAAUGUCGGAGGAGCUGCUGUCCGCGGCGGAGGAGGCGGCUUGCUGCGGUGGCUGUGGCUUGCUGCGGCUCGACUCACGGUGUCUGAGGGCUAGGGUCUGCUCGGCGUGGGGAGGAGCUGCGACGGCGGAGCUCGCGGUGACGAAAGGCUGCAGAGGUGCUGCUUCACGGUGGCUGGGACGCGGCGGACUGCGUCGGCUACGUUUAACGCUCCGACGGAACUGGGCGGGGCUCGACGGCUACGAUGGGUACUCCGACGGAACUCCUCGGGUCCCGAUAGCAUUGCUUCGUGGAGGGCUGCUCACUGCUGCACAAAUCGCCGGAAAACGCAGAGAAAGGGCGACAAUUAUUUCGGCUCCCUCUUCAUUUCUUCGUCAUAAUGAGCCAAGGUGUAAACCCUCGAUGGAGCUCUUUCUCCAAGCCUCCCUUGUCUGGCCGGAGGUAAGUUUUGCUGUGGUGGUGGUGGCGGUUGACCGAUUCCCGGAUAAUUUACUCUCAAGUGUCCAGGCUUCUUGCAACGAAAACAUAUGUUCUGCCCCAACAGACACUCUCCACGGUGCUUCUUGCCACAGUUAUGGCAUUCCUGCCUAUCCACGGCGGGCACUUGCUGCAGUGGCCGGGGUUGGAGAGCUUGGCCACCUUCUUCCUUCUUCUUCGGGUGUUCGAAUUUCCUCUUCUUGUUUCUACCUGAAACUUGAGCCUCCAUGGAUUGACAUGAAAUCGUUUUCGUAUACUCCACAUAAUCAUGAGCUCCCGACGAGUGGUGACCCACAAGUCGAAAGACUUUCUUGCUUCUACAACACUAUUAGACAACUAAACACUAGAGUCUUUGCAUGCAUGCGAUUACAUUCUUGUCACACUCCCAGCACUCAUCAAACUUCUUAUACCACUUUAUGGUGGUGGAAAAACAAUGCCUCUCGCAGAUGGCACGACCAAAUAGGCUUGAUGAGAGUACCUUUCAAUAGGUUGAAGGAAGAUAGUCUUUCACUAGGCUCCGUACAGUAUUAUCGACAGGGACAACCGGGCUGUUCGUGGCUAAACGAUGGGCUGCGGUUAAAGGCUGGGAUCCUUUUCGGCUCGGCCGCUCUCGCUUGGGCUCGCCGGAAUCACUGCGAAGGUGUUGCAACGAUGGCGAAGGGCUGCUGCACGGUGUCAAACGUCGGAGGAGCUGCUGUCCGCGGCGGAGGAGGCAGCUUGCUGCGGUGGCUGUGGCUUGCUGCGGCUCGGCUCACGGUGGCUGAGGGCUGGGGUCUGCUCGACGUGGGGAGGAGCUGCGACGGUGGAGCUCGCGGUGACAAAAGGCUGCAGAGGUGCUGCUUCACGGUGGCUAGGACGCGGCGGACUGCGUCGGCUACGUUUAACGCUCCGACGGAACUCGGCGGGGCUCGACGGCUACGAUGGGUACUCCGACGGAACUCCUCGGGUCCCGACAGCGUUGCUUCGUGGAGGGCUGCUCACUGCUGCGCAAAUCGCUGGAAAACACAGAGAAUGGGCGGUGAUUUGAGUGAUGAUGAUGGUGCAGAACUUGGUCGCGGGGAGGGUGAUGAUCGCCGGACUGCUGGAGAGGAACUUCUCCUAUGGGUGGUGAUG